CCCUAAUCCUCCUUUCCCUAUAAAGCUCAAAAGCCCUAAUUUCACUCGAACUCCAAAAGGCGGAAGCCGUUGUUUCAUCCUCUGCGCCAAUCCCAACGUACCAGCUUUCUUUUGAGCCCCCCCCUGAAAGUAAUGUCUCGCGUGUACGUGGGUAACCUUGACCCACGAGUUUCCGAACGGGAUCUUGAAGAUGAGUUUCGGGUCUUUGGAGUUAUUCGAAGUGUUUGGGUUGCUCGGAGGCCACCGGGUUAUGCUUUCAUUGAAUUUGAUGAUCACAGGGAUGCUGAGGAUGCAAUUCGUGAAUUAGAUGGCAAGAAUGGCUGGAGAGUUGAGCUUUCUCAUAAUUCUAGAGGAAGAGGUGGACGAGGAGGUGGAGGUGGAGGUGGAGGUGGCCCGGGACGCUCUAGUGGUUCUGAUUUGAAGUGCUAUGAGUGCGGUGAGCCUGGUCAUUUUGCUAGAGAAUGUCGUAACCGUGGUGGUUCUGGAAGACGUCGCAGCCGCAGCCCUAGAUAUCGUAGGAGCCCAAGCUAUGGACGCAGAAGUUACAGUCCUCGUGCUCGAUCUCCAAGACGUCGUAGUCCCUCUCCUCGUGGACGAGGUUACAGCAAGUCUCCACCAUAUCGUGGUCGUGAGGAAUUGCCAUAUGCUAAUGGAAAUGGUGCAAGAGAACGCCGCAGGAGUAGGAGCUAAGUAGAACAAGGAUGUAACUUUUGUUAACUGGGCUUAAGUGUGUUUAGUUUGUUUGGACUUCAAUGCUACUAUUUUUAAUUGGGCGACGCCCUCAGCCUCUUGGAUUUGGAUAAGUUCCUUUCUGUUAUUCCUUUUUAAUGAUGCAUUUCUCUACUUUUUCUAUGCUAAAACUAGUCUUUUUUAU